UCGGAGCUGACCCUGGCGGACCCCGGUGCAGCCUGGCGCAGCGUAGCUGAGCUAGAGGGGCGAGAUGGAAGGUCGCGUGCAGCUGAUGAAGGCCCUCCUGGCCUUGCCCAUCCGGCCCGCGGCGCGUCGGUGGAGGAACCCGAUUCCCUUUCCCGAGACGUUUGACGGCGAUACCGACCGGCUCCCGGAGUUCAUCGUGCAGACGGGCUCCUACAUGUUCGUGGACGAGAACACGUUCUCCAGCGACGCCCUGAAGGUGACGUUCCUCAUUACCCGCCUCACGGGGCCGGCCCUGCAGUGGGUGAUCCCCUACAUCAAGAAGGAGAGCCCCCUCCUCAACGAUUACCGGGGCUUCCUGGCCGAGAUGAAGCGGGUCUUUGGAUGGGAGGAGGACGAGGACUUCUAGGCGGGGAGACCC